CCUCCUGUCACACGAUCCUGCACGCCAUUGGACCGGAUACCUGUCAGACGUUGUUUCGAUCAUCCCUACCUUCUUCGGGCGGGCCCGUGCUAUUCUAAGCUGGUCCAGACGGUCUGCAGAGGACCGCCGGUCGCAUACAAGCAACGGUGGAAGAUGGACUCUCUUCAAAGUCUAGUUGCCAGAGAUGCAACACCUGCUUGUGAGACGGGCAACGGAUAUGAUGGCCGUAUGGGCCUGCGUAUCUCGUCUAUCUUUGUCAUUCUCAUCGGUUCAACAUGCGGGGCUCUCUUUCCCGUCAUGGCCCGGAGUUUCAAGGACUCCAAGAUUGCAAAGUGCGCCUUCUUCAUCGCCAAAUACUUUGGCUCCGGUGUCAUCAUUGCCACCGCAUUUAUUCACCUGCUUGCCCCUGCAGAAGAGGCCUUGACCGACGACUGCCUUACCGGCCCAAUCACAGAAUACUCUUGGGUCGAGGGCAUCGUGCUAAUGACCAUUGUGGUACUGUUCUUCGUGGAGCUAAUGGUCAUGCGCUUUGCUCGAUUCGGCCACGGCCAUUCUCACGACGAGGAUGAUCAUCAUCAUGAGAAAAUCGAGCAUACUACUACCUCCUCCCCUGCUGAGUCGGUUGACAUGAAGACCCAUAUGCCGGGGGAGGACCAUCUCGGUCAUUCCCGCGAACACCAUGAUAUCGAGCUCGGAAAGCAGCACUCCGAUCUAGAGGAGUACGUGGCUCAAUUGACCUCCAUCUUCAUUUUGGAGUUCGGAAUCAUCUUCCACUCCGUUUUCAUUGGGUUGACCCUGGCGGUCACCGGCUCCGAAUUUGUGACACUCUACGUUGUCCUUGUCUUCCACCAAACCUUUGAAGGCCUGGGUCUGGGAUCUCGGUUAGCUACUGUUCCUUGGCCACACUCCAAGCGAUGGACCCCCUAUUUCCUUGGACUUGGCUACGGUAUCUCCACGCCUAUUGCCAUUGCGAUCGGUCUAGGCGUGCGCGACUCUUAUGCGUCUGAUGGCGCCACGACGUUGAUCGUCAGCGGUGUCUUUGACUCAAUUUCGGCCGGCAUUCUCAUUUACACGGCCCUGGUGGAGCUACUGGCCCAUGAGUUCAUGUUCAGCACGUCGAUGCGAAAGGCACCGAUCCAGAUCGUUCUGGCGGCUUUCGGUCUACUAUGUCUCGGUGCUCUAUUGAUGGCCCUGCUGGGUAAAUGGGCUUAAAAAUAUUAGAUAAAUUUCUUCUUUGUACAUAUAGAUACCAUUUAUGACAAUAUAUGAUGACAGUCUUCACAAACCAUCCCA